AUGGAGAACGCACAGACUCAGACUCAUCCCGCUUGGUGUGGCAUCUAUGGUGUUGGGAUCAUUUUCUUUUUGGUUCUUUAUGGAAUCUUUCAAGAAGGAAUCAUGACAGUGCCCUACGACGGUGUCCUCUUCAAGUAUUCAGUCUUCUUGGUGCUAUGCAAUCGCUUGGCGGCUGUGAUAUUUGGCUUGGCAAUGGCAGUAGCGAAAGGCGAGAAGUUGACAAACCAGGCACCACUCUGGAAGUACUUGAUCGUGUCUUUGUCCAAUGUUUAUGCAAGCACCUGCCAAUAUGAGGCCUUGAAAUAUGUGUCGUUUGCAGUGCAGAUGCUGGGCAAAAGCUUCAAGAUGAUGCCAGUGAUGAUUUGGGGCAUGAUCAUCUCAGGAAAAUCUUAUGGCUUACGUGACUGGGGCGUGGCUCUUGCGGUCACACUCGGGUGCACAGAAUUCUUGAUGACCGGACCCACGAAUUCCAAAGUGGACUCUGGGAACAGCAUGUGGGGCUUUGUGCUCUUGGGUGGGUUUUUAGCACUGGAUGGAUUAACAUCUACUUUCCAGGAGAAGCUCUUCAAGGAACACCAGACCACGAAGUACAACCAGAUGGUCUACAUCAACAGCUUGUCAGCCACCGUCUCUACCAUGACCCUUUUGGUCACAGGUGAUUUGAUGCCGGCCAUUGGCUUCGGUUUGGCACAUCCCAAGUUUUUACUGGACAGCACCUUGUUGAGUGGCUCCGCUGUCGCCAGCCAGUGGUGCAUCUAUUCCCAAGUGAAAGAGUUCGGAGCCUUGGUUUUCGCGGCCACCAUGAAUGUGCGCCAAGUGGUGUCCAUCCUUGUGUCCUAUGUGAAGUAUCACAACCCAGUGACCGGGCUUCAGAUUGUGGGCUUGGUGAUCAUUUUUGCGGCCCUGUCGUGGAAAUCGCUGUCAGGGCUUCUGAAGGCGCAAGACCCAGAGAAGAAACCGCUCAUGGAUGCAGAAAAGCCAACUGCCAUGGACAAGAAGGCUCAAGACGCGGCAGACUGCGCCGCCUGCGUAACCGCCUUGCUGGGCAAAGUGCAUGGGCUAGUCGUGGCCAAAGUUGCCAGGACUGCGCCUAGCCUGGCGCCUGGCCUAGCCGCAGGCCGGACAAUGCCAGGCACUCUGAGGGCCCUGCACACGGCGCUGCUCUUCGAGGGCCAGCCUUCAGGCGGGACAACGACGCCAGUGCAGGCGAUGAUGCAAAAUCCCGAGUCCAAGAUGGAGGGCCAGGUGCACUGGCCAGAUCAGGAGGGCUGCUAUGCAGGCUGUGCAGCCGACAGCAUGGCCGGGGGCAAAACCUAUGGUUCCUUGACGCCUCCGCACUUCUUUAAAGAGCCUGAUGAGGAGGCGGAAGUCCCUGACGCCCCAGGCGCUCCACUCCCGUCCGGUGCACUGGCACCCAGGCGCCAGAAAGUUUGCGAUAUGCUGGGUCGCAUCACUGGUGCAUAUCAAGGCAAGUUCUGCCAGGGCCCCGAUGCUUGCGUCACUGCAUUGCCGAGGGAUUUUGGCCAAGUCACCGGCGCCACAUUCUGCCCCAAGGGUGAUUGCGGAGAGAAGGCCGGACGCCCCUGGUGUGUGAGCCCACAGUUCCUGAAGCUCUACGACGGCCCCAUCGAGAUCAAUUGCAAGGCCUCAGGCCGUGGCACCACGGAACAGGGCAAUCCCAGUGGCUGUUGGUGGUUCCUCCGCAAUGAGCCGGGCAAGGAGCUGAACCGUUUGCCAGGGGUGAUUGUGUGGAAGAACGCCCCUGACACGCGUUUGCUGAAAAGGUCUGGCGUGGGUUUGAAGAUGUCCGAAGCACGGCUUUGGGCCACCACCGGGCAACUGGUGAACCCUUCCGACUUUGCCGCGGAGGGCACCGACGUCACGUCGUCAGAGGCUCGGCGAAUGACCGGAGUCCCGUUCGGAACGUGCCCAACGCUGGGGACACCCUUCCGCCCGGUGCAGCACGGCCUGUAUCUCGACACUUGCCUGGGGAGAUGGAGGAUGAGGAUGCUGAAGUCUCCAUGGUGUCCACCGCCACUGGCACGCGUGGACUCGCGGCAGGAAGUGCCGGUGCCGCUGCGAGUCCCAGUGCAGUUUCGACGGCGACGGUGGGAGCACCGACACGCUCGCAGAUUCCACAUCCCAAGCAGAGAAUUGGCAACAAACCAGGUGGCGACAAGUCCGAGUCCUACGAGAAUCGAGAGGAAGGAGGCUCCGGCCGUUUGGGUGACGAGGAGGAAGACUCCAUGCCACUACUGGCAGGUCUUUUGGGCCCACCGGGCUUGAGCGUUGCGGGAGAGAGGCAAAGGAGGCGCAGAGCGUUGAUGAACGAAUUCUUGAAAACAACAAUGUUAAGAGGGAAAUCCAUUGAUCCACCUUCGAAAUUCCAAAUAUUCACAAUUAUAUCGAUA